AUGUCAAGCCCUAUCUAUGCCUCGUCUCCAUUGCCGCAUGUAAGAGAUGUGCGCCAUCGCUCUUCAUCCUUUGCCGGACCCAGCCUCGAUCUUGUCCUGCGCCCAUCUCAAGCACUUGGUCCUUUCAAGCUUGGACACUCUCUUUGGCACAUCCUCAACUACUUAAGAUCACAGCAGUCCCUCUUCCCGCAGAUCAACAUCACUUAUGAUGAGACGAAUCCUCGCUUAUCGCCUGUCGCAGUGGUAAUUCAGCCCAACCUGCAUCUCAUCUUUAACGGCACUACACAGCGGUUAGUCAUGAUCACCCUCGAGAACCUCGAUGGCUCGACACAUAGUGCAGCUCAGAUCCGAGCCUCUUCAUCCUCCAGCAUCGCGGCUGAACCGAGUCAUCGACCGGUAAACCUCAUCUACAACGGCAAACUGAUCUAUUCCAAAGGUUCAUCCCGAUCACCAGCAGUAGCUCUCAACCGAUCCACUCUGCACCAGAUCCUGGGCCCCACUUAUCCCGGUCAUCCUGAACCAUCGUCCAUCUCGCCUGACAGUCUAGUCGCAACUGCAUACGCGAGUAAAGAUCAAGGAGCGAGCAAGGGUCCCAACGAAUUUCUCCUCACCUAUCCCGGUCUUGCCUUUUGUUUCGCACUCAAAUCCAAAGCUUCCAAAGAUAUGGACGUCGACAAGUUGCAACCUGUAUCCACCAUCCACAUCUUCUCCGGCACCGAUCCGAACAACCCUCAAGACGUCAUUGCACCCAUUUCCGCCACCCCUUCUCCUCUCGACACCAUCACCUUCCCCACCCGCACCCACAAAGGCACACUCUCCCCCACUGCUGCGGUCAACGACUAUCAAGAGCUCAACACUGAGCGUGAUCGUGCAGCGCUCGACACAGAAGCGAUUUAUGUUCGAUGUCCUUUACUCGAAGCUGAUCUCAUACCUGGUCGAGGUGUUGUUCUGCAUUGUGCGGUGGCCGGCAUGUUGAGCCAACCUUCACCUGUGUCAGAAGGGAGUCCGAUGUCAACACCGUUGCCCGUGGCAAGCAACUCUUAUGCGGUGGAGCUUGUGCUAGGUGUCACGACUCCUCAAGAUGCGAUUUCUGAUCUCGGCACACCGCAAAAGGUGUUUUAUAAAGAAGAUGAUCGGAUGCGAAUUCAUGGUCCGCGGCCUACCAGAGAUCGUACUUCAGAGAAUAGUAAUUCGACCAUCGCCGAUCAUGGUUCGGGAAACAGCGCAGCGGAUAACGACGAUUCAGCAUUUUUUUACAACUAUUUUGACCUGGGGAUAGAUCUGCUUUUUUCGAAAGAGAUAAAUAGGAUGCCGUCGGUGGCGGAAGCAUUUGGUGCUGCUGCCAUGGGUCAGGCGAGAUUGGAAAAGGUGAUUUGUCAUACCAAUGUGUUGGGCGAUGCACUGUUUCAGAGAUAUUGUAGGUGUCCUUGGCGUGUUGUACCCACAACUUCCACUGAUCAGAGGGGUGCGGGCGAGGGUGGAUUCUCAUUCCAAGAUCACUUUGAUAGCACCCUAAAUGCAGGGCAAGACGAUCGUGGCAUGGAACUCGAUCGCGGUACCUGUGCCGAGUUUAGAGGUGCAGCAGCAAGUGGAUCAGAGAAUAAGAGCGAUAGGAAGGGAGGAGCGAGGCAGCAAGCAAUGGGAAAGAGAAGAGAUGCGAGUGGAGAGAGUGCAAAUAGUCCCGAGCGUGGAGAGGAGGUUAAUCCUGCGAGUCAAGUGAUUCUGGAUCUCAGUACGAGGUUGGUGGGGAGGCAAAGCAUGGUUUUGGAAGUUGCAAGGGAUGGGUCUAUGGUUGGUGUUGUUCUGUUCUGA